AUGAAGGCUCCAACUUUCUUGGCUGUCAUCCUGACCUUAAUUGCUUGCUUCUUGUUUGCUGAUGCACAUAAGCUAAAAGACCACAGAAAGUCUAGCCGUGGUUUUGAAGUUCUUACACAAAGAAAGUCUGGACUAUUAAGAGAUGUUCUGUACAAUCGAAACAACAGACAGUCUACAAAGUCUCAACUAGCUUUCAUAGUCCCUCGGGGUCCAAGAGGUCACCUUGGUGCUCACCGUUUCCAUGGUCCUCAUGCUUCCAAACCAUCCCAGCCUCUGCCUCCUCAUCACCUACAUGUCCCCAUACCCCUGCUCCCUCACCACCCCAGCCACCCUCUGUACCCAUGCCUUCUGCCUCUCAGGCCAAUACUGUGCCCUGAGAAUGGUAUCAGCCCCAAUUCUCAAGUGCCAAGAGUCACUUCUGCUCCAACACCUGCAGCUGCCACCAAGGCCGCUUCCACGGCUGCGGUCAGCAAAUCUACAGAGGUAGCUUCCAGCAUCACACCUCCCAGCACCCUCCAACCUAAUCCCACAGCUAGUGCUGCAGGGACUGCCACCACCUCACCGGCAGAGGAUGUCGCCAGCCCAGCUGCAGGGACUGCCACCACCUCACCGGCAGAGGAUGUCGCCAGCCCAGCUGCAGGGACUGCCACCACCUCACCGGCAGAGGAUGUCGCCAGCCCAGCUGCAGGGACUGCCACCACCUCACCGGCAGAGGAUGUCGCCAGCCCAGCUGCAGGGACUGCCACCACCUCACCGGCAGAGGAUGUCACCAGCCCAGCUACAGGGGCUGCCACCACCCCUGGUGCAUAG